AUGGAGCCCAGUCCCUCCAAGCAGCAGGAGAAAAAACCUAUAAAUGCAUGGAGUGUGGGAAAGACCUUUGCUCAGAGCAAUGGACUUAUUCCACAAAAGAUCCACACAGGGGAGAAGCCGUAUAAAUGCAUGGAGUGUGGAAAGACCUUUGCUCGGAGCGGUGGACUUAGUUCCCACAAUAAGAUCCACACAGGGGAAAAGCCAUUUAAAUGCAUGGAGUGUGGAAAGACCUUUGCUGAAAAAGGUCAUCUUAUUUCCCAUAAGAGUGUCCACACAGGGGAGAAGCCGUAUAAAUGCACAGAGUGUGGAAAGACCUUUACUCAGAAAAGUAGUCUUAUUUCCCAUAAGAGUGUCCACACAGGGGAGAAGCCGUAUAAAUGCAUGGAGUGUGGAAAGAUCUUUGCUCAAAGAGGUAAUCUUAUUUCCCAUAAGAGGAUCCACGCAGGGGAGAAGCCAUACAGAUGCAUGGUGUGUGGAAAGACCUUUCUCCACACAAGAGAAAAUUCCUAUAAAUGCAUGGAGUGUGGAAAGACCUUUGCUCAAAGAGGUAAUCUUAUUUCCCAUAAGAGGAUCCACACAGGGGAGAAGCCAUAUAAAUGCAUGGAAUGUGGAAAAACCUUUGCUCAAAGAAGUAAUCUUAUUUCCCAUAAGAGGAUCCACACAGGGGAGAAGCCGUAUAAAUGCAUGGAAUGUGGAAAGACCUUUGCUCAACGAGGUAAUCUUAUUUCCCAUAAGAGGAUCCAUACAGGGGAAAAGCCAUUUAAAUGCAUGGAGUGUGGAAAGACCUUUGCUCAGAACAGUGGACUUACUUACCAUAACAAAACCCACACAGGAGAGAAACCAUAUAAAUGCAUGGAGAGUGGAAAGACCUUUGCUCAGAAUAGUAGUGUUACUUCUCAUAAAAGGAUCCAC